CCACCAGCCAAUGGUCCAGCAAGGUGUACACGGGGAUCACAAACACACUAUCCGGUCGCUAGAGGGCAGAUACCUGCACACACGAACAGACACACACAGACAGUGGUGCGUCCUUGGUCUCCCUGUGUGUGUGUGUGUGUGUGCUGACUUUUGUUUAGGCAUUUUGAGAAUGUUGGUCUUGUCGAUAGCGGGCGAGUCGAUGCGAGCAAGCGCCAGCGGGUCGAUAGCUAGACACUCCCUGCAGACAGACAGACAGACAGACAUGGGUGGACUGAUGGAUGGAUGCGAAUGGUGUGUGUGCGGCACCUGAUGAAGUGUUGGCAGUUCGAGGAAAUGAUCUGAUUGUAUGCUAUCAGAGAAGGGCGUGGCCUAAACACACCAUAUAUACACAUACACAUGUCGGCACACGCACAGAGACAGAGAACGUUUCAGCACGCUUGCGGAUGUCCAUUGUGCCUGUGUCACCCACCUGGUGUGGUAUAGGUUUGAGUUGACGUGAAUGUACGCGCGCUGCGACACCGCCACAUCGUCGCCACCACCACCGCUGCCGUCAUCACUCAGCCGGGAAAGCUCAGCACACCUAUACACACAUCCAUCCACAGACACGGGUGCACCAAUGCGUGUGUAUGGGUAGCUAGCUACCUGUAGUAGCUCCUCUUUCCCACACUGGUGACGCUGUCGACGCGCAGGGCGAUGUGGUCGACAGGCCCUCCAGUACACAGUCGUGCAGACAAAGCGCCCGAUGUUGACACAGGUCACAAAAAAUGUGUUGUGGUGUGUUGUGGUUGUGUUGCGGUUGUGUGCAUGUCACCUGCUCUUUGUUUGGCGGCAGUGGGGCGAUCGGCAGAUCUAUUUCCACAUCCCUGUGUGCGCAUUGACACUCAUAAAUCCCGUCGUUUGCACUCUUUCCCUCCCUCCCUUCCCAGCCCACUCACGUACUUGCAUUUAUCUUUGAUGAUUCUGGCCAGCUGCUGUGCCAGCGAGUACACCUCUUUCAUCGCACGCUCCUUGACCAUAUGACUGGCACAAAACGACUCCCUUUUAUACGCAUGCGUGCACACACACACACACACACACACACAGAGGCAUGCAUCUAUUGCUCUCCCUCUCCCUCUGUCUGUGCGCGUGCACGUGUUGCUGACUUGUCGUGUGCGUGUGCGUAUGCGCCAGUGACCCAUAUGAGCGCAUCGAUGUCGGACGGCAGCGUGCGCCAGUGGGGCACAUUGACGCUGACACCACCACCACCACCAUCUGCACGCUUCGACGGCAAUAAUGGUGGCUCCUCCUCACCCUACACACAUACAUACCAACACCCACCAUUGUGUGACGUGGGUGUAUGUUCUCCCCCUCUUCGUGGGUGUGUGGUGUCAAGCACACCUCUUCAAUGUCCAUAUCCAUCAUCUCAAGGCCGCCCUCCUGCUCCUGGCCAUGGGCGCUCUCCCUCUUCCUCUUGCCGCUGCUGCCGUCAGGGGCAGUGUGGUGGCGCCUCUCAAAUGCGGUCUGGUCGGAACACAUUGCCCACAGACAGAGCCGCCACUAGCAUGCAGGCAUGGUCAAUCACCGGCACUGACAACGACUGAGACCUGCACACACAAAGGGAGAAAAGAGCAGCAGUAACUAAUCUCUCUCCUUUUCUCGCCUCUUUUCUCCAUUGGUUGGUUGCUGGCUCACUUCUGCACUGCCGUGAGCAUCAUCUUGGCGUAUCGCGAUGGGGAGGCUGGCCAUGCGCUCGCCCAUCCUGGUGCAGCGCACACCACCCUCCUUCUCCUUGUUGUUUCUGCCUUUUCCUGUGGUGCUUGAGCCUUGUGUGAUGGCAGAGAGCAUGAUGAGCCGCUCCUUGGCCGCGUUGGUGGCCGACGGUCUGGGCGGGGUGGGGAAGGGGGAAGAUGAGAGAUGUGGGAUGCCUGAAUUGACAACACAGACACGUGCAUGCCCAUGUGUGCAUCUAUCUCUCUCUAUCUCUCUCUCUGUGUGCGUGUGUGUGUGUGUGUGUGUGUGCCGAGUGAUGCCAUGAAGAGGAGCACACUGUCGACAGGUGCGGCGAGUAUGUCGACGGGCGGGUACUGCGUGAAGUGAUUCUCAUACACGGCAGACGAAUACAAACGAUAGCAGUGACCCGGACCAUCACGACCUACAUCACAUCCACACAAACAGGACACAGUGAUGCGCACGGAUGGCGUGGCCAUGUGUGUGGCCAUGUGUGUAUGUGUAUCUGCUCUUCCAGCCCUCUGGUCGGCACUGGCCUUCGAGACCCACUGGACAGAGAAGAAGGACACGCCCAUCGACUGCAGGUACCUCCGGCGCUUCUCCUUGCCGCAAUCUACCACAUACCUGUGUGUGUGUACACAUUCGCACACACCAUAUACACACACAUGUACACACCCACAAAGCGGAGCAUACCCACCGGAUGUUAGGCAGUGUCACUGACGUCUCAGCCACAUUCGUGGCCACCACCACCACACGCUUGUCCGCAGGCGGAUCACGAAACGCCCGGAUCUGACACCCACACACACAACUAACACAAUACAACACAACACCGAUGCGCCUUUCUCGUCAUGUCGGCCCUCCAUGCACCGACCUGGUGUUCGGCGCUCAUUGAUGCAUACAGCAGAAUGACCUCCAUCCGCCCCUCCCCGUCACACCCCAGCCACCGCGCUCCGCCGGUCUGCCGUGCGCGUCGGCUGGUGGUGUCCUUUUGGUCGAAGUCGGUGGUCUGCGGGCCGUCGUGCAU